GCCUGUGAGUCUGUCGCUGGUGCGCAAAGCUUAGUUGCCUAUACCGUAGUAAAGUCCGCUGGCUUUCUCGUUGCUCUCGAGUCUCGACUCGACACGCAGACUCCCGUCCGUCGUUGUCGAUCGCGCACAGCACACACAGCCCCGUGUUUUGACUUUUCUCUUCGAGCACAACAGUAGCACGCAGAGAAAGAGACAGAGAGAGAGACAGAGACGGUCCACUGUCCAGUCGUUGCUGUCGUCGAAGCGUUGUGUCGUUCGUUAGCAUAUAGAAAACAACGUCGUCGUUUAGACUCACGGUGUUUGUUUUUUUUCUCUCGCGCUGCCAAUCGAAUCAGUUAACCUCGAGGAUGCAACAGUUUCUUCCCUGAAAUUGAUAAUCGUGCAGAUACAGCAGCGUAAAGAGGAAAAUCCAACAUUUAAUAAAGUGAAAAACCGUUGAGCAAGUGCGCGCUGUGCCUUGUGCCGAGCCAGUGUCUCUUGUAUUACACUUAUAUACUCUUAUAGUGUGCGUGAUCACUGUUUCGUCGUUCUGUGCUGAAUAUCCCCGUGCCGUUGGUCGAUUCGCAUUUCGCACUGCAGCAACGGCAAUACGUAUAUGAAGCUAGUACGGCAGUAGCAGCAACGAGUGUGUUACACAUUGAGAGCAGAAGCAGCUGCAGAGCAGCAGUCUAGAAGCUGUCCGUGCAUUAUAGCGUGCUCUGAGUCCGAGACUCGCAACAAAACCAGAGCUAUAUAUAUACAACACACAACACAACAAAAUACAAGCAAUGGCGCAGCCAACGAGCAGUGCCCUGCGCGCUCUCGCCCUCGAGUACAAAAGCCUGCAGGAGGAGCCCGUCGAGGGUUUUCGCGUCAAACUCGUCAGCGAGGACAACAUGUUCGAGUGGGAGGUUGCCAUAUUCGGACCACCCGAUACCCUCUACCAGGGUGGAUAUUUUAAGGCACAUAUGAAGUUCCCACCGGAUUACCCCUACAGUCCGCCCAGCAUUCGUUUCAUGACAAAAGUCUGGCAUCCAAAUGUUUACGAGAAUGGAGACUUGUGCAUAUCCAUCCUACAUCCACCGGUCGACGACCCACAAAGCGGAGAACUUCCCUGUGAAAGGUGGAACCCAACCCAGAACGUGAGAACGAUCCUUUUGUCAGUUAUCUCUCUUUUGAACGAGCCAAACACCUACAGCCCGGCCAACGUAGACGCAUCGGUCAUGUACAGGCGCUGGCGCGAUUCCAAAGGUCGAGAUAAAGAAUACGAGAAUAUCAUCAGAAAACAAGCACAAGCGGCAAAGAUGGAGGCGGAAAAGGAGGGCAUCGUGGUGCCCCUGACCCUGGAGGAUUACUGCAUCAAAACGCGGGCGAGGCCGGCCGAGCAGCAGCUCGACAUCACCGACUUCUACGACGACGAGUACGAGCUCGGUGACGACGACGACGACGACGACGAGCCCCUCAGCGGAAGCGAAUACGAGGACGGUGACGAUAGCGGCAACGGCGAGUCGUGAUCCAUCACCUAAAAGCGUAUCGACCUUUAGCUACAACGACGAUUACUACUCUUCAAUAACACUGAAAGCUGCGAAAUAUCCAAGCGACAUGGGAUAAACACUAAACGAGUAAAAAAAGAGGCAAGAGCAUACACGCGCGUUACAUACACAAUACAGAUAGUAAGAUGAUAAAUACAUAUAAUACACGAUACGACUACAUUCAUCAUCACCGACAGUGCUACGAGUGCUAUUUAUUUGCGUCUACAUACACCGUAUUACAUAUAAAUUAAAACAUAAAUAUAUUAUAUAUCUAUAUUUGAUUAUAUAUUGUAUUACCGUCGAAUAUCGUAACUUAUACUAUACUUUUUGUGUCGUGUAUCUAGGGCCCAAUGUGUCUGUAUUAGUUUUAAGUGGUAACUAUAAUUAAUCUUUUAUUAUACCUUUCGGGAACGAGAAUGCAUUCUUUUUGCUCGUAAUAUAUACGAGUAUAAUCCGCUUGUAUUCGGUUGCGUUUUACUUCGUUACGUUUAAUUGCUAUCGCGAAAACCUUUUUUAGAACGAUUAUUUUUAUUUAUCCGUCAGAGAUUAUCAUCGCCUUAUUGUCUUUGAUUUCUUUUCGGAUUACGCAGCUGGAGAUGAGACGAAUUCGCUGUUGAAGGCAUAUACUAGUAAAUCGUAAGUUCAAAAAAAUAAAUAAAUAAAUAAACUCGGAAACGGAUUCAGAAUUCGCUUUUUCGACCUGUACAAGUUUUCUGCGCACGACGAAAGAAAAACAUAUAUUGAAUGUAUCUAUAAAUAUAAAUACGAAUACGAGCCGCAAAAAAAAUAAUAAUAAACUGCAAAAAUAUAGCUAAUAAACCGCAACUUUAUGUGCUGAUUUUUGUGUUCGCAGCGAAAGAAUACGCUGUUUAGUUGAGAAGCGAUAAACGUUUCUUCAUGGAUGAGUCUCAAUUUGAAUCGAAAUAAAUUUUAAAAAAAGCGAACAUUUUCAUUAUAGAAAGUAAAUAAAGAGGACUGGUGCAGCGUUGUUUUUUAGUACCAGUUUUUAAGUUGAAAAAAUUAUGAAUAAAAUCUAUGGUACAGUGAAUACAAUAAUCAAUUGUUAUCAAAUCUUUCUGUUGGAAUCGAUUUCGCUCCUUACAGCCCUCUUUCCUAGUAUCUUCAAUAUAUUCUUCCUUAUAUAAUCUCAAUCCUUUAUCAUGAACACCGAUUCAUCUCUUUAUACCUUUCUCACUUUAAAUAUUUAUGAUUAUGUCUAAUUCGUAACAGUAUUUACAAGUAUGUCUUUUUUCACUAUGUAUUCCUAAUGAGUAUCAUUCGCGUCUGCCUAUAAACUCAAUAUGUUAACGUUCUGAGUAUUGUCAACGUUAUAUAGAUUAUAGUUUUUAACGAUAAAUGUAGUUUGAAUUAUUUUGGCAAACGAACGGAAAAAACGACGGCUAAUUGUGACAUGAGUUGUCGUUCCUUUUUAAUGAGUGACUAUUUAAUCUCAUGGUUCAAAGGAGACAUUGAUAUUGAUCAUCCAAACGUUCGGUAUGAUUUGUAUGACUAUUUCUUGUAAAUACAUCGCGUGUUGAUAUUAAUUAUUUCGUAUUUAUAAAUAAAUCUUAUUAUGUCAAUGAA